GGGCGCUUCGCUCUGCUUCCUCUCUGCCUGCCAGGCUCCGCAGAAGGGAAGGCUCUCUUGCAGCCUUGGAGCCUGGGCUUUGGCCCUGGAAGGAUGUCGGUGGCAGGGCUGAAGAAGCAGUUCCAUAAGGCCAGCCAGUUAUUCAGCGAAAAGAUCAGUGGCGCUGAAGGAACAAAACUAGAUGAUGAUUUUCAAGCGAUGGAAAGGAAAAUUGAUGUUACGAACAAAGCUGUGGCAGAACUUCUCACAAAGUCUACUGAAUAUCUCCAACCUAAUCCAGCCUACAGAGCUAGGCUGGGUAUGCUGAAUACAAUGUCCAAGAUUCGAGGGCAAGUUAAAACCACAGGUUAUCCACAGACAGAAGGCCUGCUUGGGGACUGCAUGCUCAGAUAUGGGAGAGAACUUGGAGAAGAAUCUACGUUCGGUGCUGCGUUGAUCGAUAUGGGUGAAAGCAUGAAGCAGAUGGCUGAAGUGAAAGACUCACUGGAUAUCAGUGUCAAGCAAAACUUCAUUGAUCCUCUACAACUGUUGCAAGACAAAGAUUUAAAGGAGAUUGGACACCAUCUGAAGAAAUUGGAAGGACGGCGUUUGGAUUAUGAUUACAAAAAGAAACGUCUUGGGAAGAUACCAGACGAGGAGGUUAAGCAAGCUGUAGAAAAGUUCGAAGAGUCCAAAGAGUUGGCAGAACGGAGCAUGUUCAACUUUUUAGAAAAUGAUAUAGAACAAGUAAGCCAGUUGCUAGUCUUCACAGAAGCUGCACUAGACUAUCAUAAGCAGUCCACAGAAAUUUUAGAGGACUUGCAAAGCAAGCUACAAAACAGGAUAAACGUAGCAUCAAGUCGCCCUAGAUGUGAAUUCAAGCCAAAGCCAAUAAGGACAUCGAUGGAAGUAAGCAACAACCAACAGCACAAUGGGAUAUCAUUCAGCUCAUCCAUAAAAUUAUCAGGUUCUUCGUUGCACAUGGACCAGCCUUGCUGCCAAGCUUUGUAUGACUUUGAGCCAGAAAAUGAAGGUGAGCUUGGCUUUAAAGAAGGAGACAUCAUCAUAUUGACUAAUCAGAUUGAUGAGAACUGGUACGAAGGUAUGUUAAAUGGUGAAUCAGGUUUCUUCCCCAUCAGUUACGUCGAAGUUGUGGUGCCAUUGCCACAGUGAGCAUGCCCUGCCAUUCAAGCUGCAGAUGAAAUUUUGUGACCGAACCCCAUGUCUUCGCUUGGAGUGAUCUUUCAUACGUGUGGCAUUCUAUGAAAGCCUUGCUUCUUUCAACUGACUUUUUGUAUGCGUCUUUAAAAAAUGUAUUUAUUUUGUAUUCUUGUAGUUUGUACAUAUACACACAUAUAUAUUAUAUACAGAGUUCUUCCACUUUGUUAAAUGAGAAUACAAAAAAAUUGUCUUGGCCUACUCCUUUGCUUUGUGCCUUGAAGAUCUUUUAUGUGAGGUGUUUAUUGAUAGCUCAGCUGUGUCUCUCCCAGAAGUGCAUUUAUUUCCUCCAGUGAUAUCAGACAGCCCUUUAAGCCUGUGGUGGAUAUUGCUUAUGGGUAAAGCUAACAAUCAGUGAGCCACCCUUGUUACCUUAAGUUAACUGUGAAAAGCUCAUACCUGUUGUGCACUGAACUCUGCCAAAAGCUUGUAUCUGUUGUGCACUGUACUCUGCCAAAGAGUAGAGUUGUAGUCUCUUAUGGUAUUUCUGUAAACUGAGUCACUGUCACUGUCCAAUUCUUAUUCUUCACUGACCAAAUGUUAAUAAACAGUGUGGUGGGAAACAUA